AUGUCACAACCUCCAAGCUAUGUCCUCCCCCGUGAUCACCUCGACAACGUUCGACUAAACCUCCACCACUACCUCUGCGUGGAGCUCUUCGGAUACCACACCCACCCCGACAUCCCAACCAACAACGCCCACCUCAAAGUCGCAGACAUCGGCACAGGAACCGGCGUCUGGCUCACAGACCUUGCCCGACGACUCCCCCCGUCGGUACAGCUUGACGCAUUCGACAUUUCGCUCGAGGCUCUUCCACACAAGGAAUGGCUCCCAGCCAAUAUCCGCUCUUUCGCAUGGGACAUCAAAACCGACGUUCCUGCAGAUCUCGUCGGUGUCUACGAUAUCGUCCACGUCAGCAAUUUCUGCUUGGUUCUACUCGAAGAAGAGCUCCAGCCUGUGCUGGCGAAAGUGCUGAGCCUGCUCAAGCCCGGCGGCCACCUGCAAUGGUCAGAAGUCGACAUGGGCUCGUUCCGAAUCCAAACCGCCACGCCUCGCCCUGAAUCGUCAACCGCCGCGCUCGAGCGCCUCUUCCGACUCUCCGAAGGCCACGACCCACGCCUCCAACCGCGCUGGGUCCCUCAUCUCGCCUCGAAGCUCUCCGUCGCCGGCUACGACGCCGUGACCGCCGACGUCCGCGACGCAGACGGCGCUCUGGCGCUCGCGCUGCACGACUGCAACCUGCUGAUCAACGCGAGCUUCGCGCGGCGGUUUGCGGUGGACGAGCCCAUGGCGAAGACCAUUGCUCAGCUGAUGGGUGAGGUGGAGCGCGAGACGCGGGAGGGGGCUUGUUGGGCGUUUACGAGGUAUACUGUGGUGGGGAGGAAGCCGGAUGUAGAGUAG